AUGGGGCUGAAGCCUGACUCCCCUCUGCCUGCAGUGUCUGUGGGGUGGUUGGUGGAUGGCAGCCUGCCUAGGGAGCCGUUCUGUGAGUGUGUGUGCCGGGGAGGGGGGUGCCCCUCUAUGGGCAGCUGUGCCUGUCCGACUCGGCCCCCAGCCCAUCCAGCCAAAAAUACAGCUGGGCUGAAACCCGAUCCCCCCACUGUCUGGCCUGCUCCAGGCAGCAGGCUCUCUGACGCCUGGCUCCCUCCCUACCCCCCAUGCCCUGGACGCACCCCCUAUACCACACCUAUGCAUCAGGACAGGAUGCAAGAGAUCCCAGAGCCACAGCGGUCAAGUCAGGGAACUGUCCUGGGCCCAGAGCCUGGACCUGCACUUUACCCCCUGCCCUCUGUCAACCCCACUGCCCCACUGGAGCUUCCAGGAUGGCACAGAGCCCUGUCCAGCCUUCAGCAGACACUCUGCCCUGCCAGGCUUCAGCCUCUGGCCCAAGCUCCAGACACCCAGGGCCCAUCAGCUUUUCUCUGUGGGUUUGUAUUUCAGCUCCAGGCCACCUUGGGCCCCUGUCUCCUAGACAUGAAACCCCCCCCGCGCGCCCCCCCCAACCCCGCAGAGAUGGAGCCUGAUCCUUGGCCCCUCUCCCACCCCUUCCUAGCUGACUUAUUGUGA